AUGUGCUGGGUCACAGUCAAAGUGGAGGCAUCUUGGUGGUUCAUGGGCUCCCUGGGCUCUCGGCUUGUUUGUGACCAUGUCCCUGGCUUGGUGAGCCGGCAGAGGCAGAUGUGCAGACAGUUCCCCUCCGUGAUGAAGGUGAUCGGGGACGGAGUGAGUGACUGGAUCCAGGAGUGUCAGCACCAGUUCAGGACGCAGCGCUGGAACUGCAACACCACGAGUGACCACAGCCUGUUUGGACGCCUACUGCUGCGCGGUUCUCGUGAGGUGGCCUUCAUCCACUCCAUAUCGUCCGCUGGAGUGGUGCAUGCAGUGGCCCGUGCCUGCAGCCAGGGGGAGCUGGACUCGUGCUCCUGUGACCCUGGAAAGACGGGCCAGUCCCGGGACGAGAGUGGGGUCUUCGACUGGGGUGGCUGCUCGGACCACGUGGACCACGCCGUGCGGUUCAGCCAGAUGUUUGUGGACGCGAGAGAGCGGAGAGAGAGAGAUGCCAGGGCCUUCAUGAACCUGCACAACAACCGGGCCGGACGCAAGGCGGUGCGGCGCUUCCUCUCGCUGCAGUGCAAGUGUCACGGUGUGAGCGGCUCCUGUUCCCUGAGGACCUGCUGGCUCUCGCUGUCAGACUUCAGACGGACCGGAGAUCACCUCAUGAGGGGGUACAGGCGCGCGGUGCAGCUGUCCAUCAACCACUACGACUCCAUGGGGUUCACCACUGGCCAGGGCCGAGCCAGGGGCCAGGCUCAAGCCAGGGGCCAGGCCCGAGCCAGGCCCCGAAAACAUGACCUGGUUUAUCUGGAGGAGAGUCCGGACUACUGCGUUCGGGACACACAGACUGGAUCCCUCGGCACCACGGGGCGUGAGUGUAACCGGACGUCCCGUGGCGUGGAGGGCUGUGAUGUCAUGUGCUGUGGGCGGGGCUAUGACACGGCGCGAAUUCAACUCCGCUCCAAGUGCGAGUGCAAGUUCCACUGGUGCUGCUCCGUGCUGUGCCAGGACUGUGAGCGGCUGGAGGACCGGCACGUGUGCAAGGGCCACACGUGA